CAGAAUCUGUUUCCUAUCAAGGGAAUAGCUUCCUUGUGAAGCAUAAACGACUAAAAACUUCUUUUCUAUAAUUUCCAGAUAGAUGGUAAAUGAAAAUUAAUAAUUAUAUUCAAAGAAACAAUCGAUUCAAUAAGCCAACGAGUGAUUUGGGAGCUUGAUCUUUCAAUUAGGGCAGAUGGCCGGGGCGGUUUCAUCCUGUAUCUUCUGUCAGAUUGUCCACAACUCCACAUCCACCACUCUCCUUCACUCUGAUGACAAGGUUCUCGCAUUUCAAGAUAUCAAACCUGCUGCUUUCAGGCAUUACUUGGUGAUUCCUGUGGAGCACAUUUCAACUGUCAGGAAUCUCCGGAGGAGAGAAGAAGAUUACACUUUGGUAAACCACAUGUUAAAUGUGGGGCAAAUGCUAUUACACCGAGAUGCUCCUCAAUCGAAACAGUACAGAUUUGGUUUUCAUAGGCCUCCAUUGAACAGUGUUAACCAUUUGCACCUCCAUUGUCUGGCAUUACCCUUCAAACCCAGAUGGAAACGUAUAAAAUACCUGUCUUUAGGACCACUUGGGUUUAUUGAAGCUGAGAAGUUGCUAGAGAAGAUAAAGCCCACAUAACCAAUUACUGCUUAGGUGUGGUUCUGUCCUAUUUUCUUUGCUUUAUUCAAUUAAAUGUAAUUGCGAAUGUUGUUUUCAUACUAUUGAUCGUUGUAAAGCAAAGUUAAUAUCUUCCCUUUCCCAGAUAAAUUUCAAAAAUUCUUUAAUAAGCACAUUUUUAUCUGAUUC